UGAGUAGCCUUAAAUAUUUGAGCAGGAACAUGGCAGAAGGGGACACCCUGAUAUCAGUGGAUUAUGAAAUUUUGGGGAAAGUGCAAGGGGUGUUUUUCUGCAAGUACACUCAGGCUGAGGGUAAAAAGCUGGGAUUGGUAGGAUGGGUCCAGAACACUGACCAGAGUACACUGCAAGGACAAUUGCAAGGUCCCAUCUCCAAAGUGCGUCAUAUGCAGGAAUGGCGUGAGAAAAGAGGAAGUCCCAAAUCGCACAUCAACAGAGCAAACUUCAACAAUGAGAAAGUCAUCUUAAAUUUGGAUUACUCAGAUUUCCAAAUUAUAAAAUAAUAGCCUGAAUUUAAAUUUUCCAGGAGAAACUCAGUUGUUUUGUUUUUUAUUGUUAAUAGAGAUAGUAUU